AUGGCGAAUCCAGCCUCAAUAGAGGAUCAUUCACGCAAACAUGAGGUGUCACCAGUUUUGCCCGAUCAAUCGCAGUCGCAAAAACAACCGCCAAUUACCCGAGCCGAGGCAUCACCAAUUGAAGCUCUUAACCUCGAAUCCAACUUGGACACCGAACCGAACUACCCAAAAGGGACUGAAUUUUGGUUCACUAUCCUCGCAGUCUGCGUGAUACUGGUCCUGGGAGGCCUCGAUGUCAACAUUGUCGCGACCGCUGUGCCCAGCAUCACUGAUCACUUCCACACGGUUGCUGAUGUCGGGUGGUACUCAUCUGCCUUUCGACUCUGCACAUGCGCGUUCCAAUUUGGGUUUGCCAAGCUGUAUCAGCUCUUCUCCAUUAAAGCGGUCUUUUUGAUGAGUGUUGCUAUCUUCCUUGUCGGCUCUUUGCUCUGUGCCACGGCGGCUUCGUCCAUGAUGUUCGUUCUCGGGAGAGCAGUAACCGGCCUCGGGUUUGCGGGCAAUUUGGCGGGGUGUUUCGCGGUCGCCGUGCAACUUAUACCACUAGAUAAGCGACCAAUGAUCAACCUUCCAAUUGGUGCUAUUAGUCUAGCGGCCCUGGUCUUUCUUUUAUCAGACCCCCCAAACCGUCGAGAGGACAACCUCACACUUGCCCAGAAGAUUAGAGCGCUGGAUCUAGUCAGCAAUUUCUUGUUCAUCCCGUCUCUAACUGCGCUCUUCAUCGCGCUGUCCUGGGCGGGAACAAAGUACCCCUGGUCGGACGCGAAAGUUAUUGGGUUAUUUGUUGUAUUUGGCGUGUUACUGAUCGUCUUUUUCCUUAAUCAGUAUCGACGCGGGGAGUCUGCGGCGCUCCCUUUUCGCGUUAUUAAAAGCCGAAAUGUCAUCGCCGGCUUUAUCUUCACAACUUGUACUAACUCAAUGACGAACGUCUUGGAGUGGUACUUACCAACAUAUUAUCAAGUCGUUCAAUCCCGGACCCCUAGCGAGAGCGGAUUUCUGAUGAUUCCAAUCCUAGCUGGAAUGAUGCUCGGACUUUUCCUUCACGGCAUCGGCACCUCCACGUUCGGGUAUUAUGCCCCCUUCAUGAUCUUUGGCUCUAUAUGCAUGCCGAUUGCCGCCGGCUUGAUGACCACUUACAGUCCCGACAUAUCUCUUGCGAAGAUCAUCUUCUAUUCGGGAUUUGCAGGCUUCGGCGGUGGUAUCGGCUUUCAAGGCUCCCAAACCGCGGUGCAGGCAACAUUAAGUGCUGCAGAUGUCAACCUUGGCAUCGGGGUCAUCUUGUUCGGGCAGAGUAUGGGACCAGCGGUGUUUAUCGCUAUUGCCCAGGUGAUAUUUACGAAUGAGUUAUCGUCGAGUUUAAGGGACAUUGUACCUGGCCUGACCCCGGCGGAUAUUGCGUACCAUGGACUCGGUGAUAUCAAGAAGAUUGUCCCCGUGCAGCGGUGGGAUGAGGCCGUGAUUGGGAUCGAUCGGAGCUUGGUUCGGACCUGGUACCUGACUGUCGCACUAGCUUGCACAACAAUUGUAGGAAGUCUCUUGAUCGAAUGGCGCUCAGUUAAACAAAAGCAGUCGUGA